AUGGCUGGUCUCCAGCAGAGCGAUCAUGUGGUUGCGAUUAAUGGUGUCCCCACGAUGGGGAUGCCACAUGCCAGGGCCGUCCAGAUAAUCGACUAUGCCUCCUACAUUCUCACAAUCACUGUCAGCAGAUACGAAAAGCAGUUGCGCAUAGAAACCUUCUACUUGGACAAUUAUGCCCUGCGCUCGCAACAGGAGCCACAAGAAAUCGCGACCACCGAACUGCAGCUUGUCUGGGAGAAAGAGAAUACACCCGUGCCUGAGCCGGAACCGGAGCCAAUGCUUGUCUGGGAGAAAGAGAAUACACCCGUGCCUGAGCUGGAACCGGAGCCAAUGGUCAUUCCAAGCGACCCAGGGAUUACGCCGAUCUCUAUCCACUGCCUCAUGCGCGAAUAUGAAGUACCUCCAAUAGACCCAGCUCUGAAGAGUAAGUACAACUAG